AUGUCUUAUAUUCCACCACAUAAGAGGCAUUCGAAGGAUCCGGCCAAACCAUCCCCUGUUCCAGAUUCUCUUGUUACAGAAUUCAAAAAAAAACUCGACUUUAACAGUAGCAAUGGUUAUCCCAACCGGAUAGUCUAUUCAGGAGAUUCCAUUUCUAAAUGGUUUCUUGUUGGUUCAAAUGGAAUCGAGGCUGAGGUUCCUUCAUAUGUUAAGUUUGAGCCUUUGUCCUCGGAUUCUGUCGAGUGCAGAAAAGGAGUAAAGCCUUCGGUACUGAUGCACAACAAUGUCCAAAACGCAAAUAUGAAUAUUGGAGAGAGUGAAGAACAAAGAACUCAGUGGCUGUUUGUAGCAGAGAAGGUUGAGGAGGAUCUUGUGUUGGCAUAUGAGCGAGCUAAGACUAAUAUGGAUGAGCAUCAUGUAUUGAAAUUGAUUGCUCGGUUUGGCAAAAUUUUCUUCUAUGGGCAUCAAGGUGGUCCUGUGGGUGUUUUUGCCAAAAACUCGAAUAAGGUGUUCUCUGCAGAUGUCCCAACGUCUUACUUACAACUCAUUAAGUCUGAGGUUGUACCAAACCAUGGAUUCUCUAUUGACUUGGAAAAGGAAACGUACACUGUGAAGGUAUCACAUUAUACUCGUCCCAAUACAACUAUCAACUGCAAAUGUUCCCUUAAGGAAGAUGGACGGCUCAGUAUGUACAAGGCCGAGCUUAAUCCUGUAAGGCAUUUGGUUGUUGAUGUGUCUUGCAUUGACAAGAAUCUUGACAUGAGACUCAUGCUCGCUGCCAAGAGGAAGAUGACGGCUCUUACAGAUAAAGAGAUAAGCAACAUUAAAGCGCUAUUGGAUUCAGGAACUGUUGAUCCAAAUGUGAAAGGUGGUUUAAGGUGGCCAUUCGGUAAAGCUUUAUCUGAGGAUGGAUACAAAGUAUUUGAAUCUUGUCACGGUAGAGUUACUAUCUACAAAAACCAAACUCUAAAGCUUAAAGUAAAAGAGACUGAUAGAUUCAAUGAGAGGGUUGGGAUAGGGGAAAUCAAGAGGGAGGUGUCCCUGAGACUUAAAGACCUAAACUCUAAGUUACAGGAGCAAAAUACUGAGAAAAGUUGUGUUUUGGAAAUGCUUCGAAGUACUCUUGGAUCUAUAUGGGACUUAUUGCAUUGUGAUCCCUAUCUUACAUGAUAAAGAACCAUACGAUGUUGCUCGUUCUAUCGGUGUCUCUUUUACUUUCUGCUGUGUCUCGGUUCGUUUUAUUGGUCGUCUCUUUUACUUUCUGA